AUGUCCGCCCCUUCUCUCGUCAAACAAAUCAACGCCCGGCCAUGGCUCAAGCGGAUGAUGCUGCCGCUCGCCAACUGGCACGCCAAUGCUUCCGGAUACAGACAAAUGGGACUGAGAGCCGAUGACCUGAUCCCAGAAGAGAAUGACACCGUCCAACUGGCGCUUAGAAGGCUUCCACCCAAGGAAGCCUACGACCGCGUUUACCGCAUCCGACGCGCAUUCCAGCUAUCCAUCGAGCAUCAGCUCCUCGCUGCCGAAGAACAAACCAAACCAGAGGAGGAUGUCGAGUAUCUCAGCCCCAUCAUCCGAGAAAUCGAACGCGAGAACAAGGAACGGGAGGAACUCGAUAACCUUAUCGUCAAGCGGUAA